CUAGGUAACCGUCUGCGUCAUUGAUAAAUGAUAAUCGUUCAAGCCAAAUAUCAACAUAAGAAGUGCGUAUUAUAUUUGCCAAAGAUAUCUUAUAGCAGAAUUAGUGAGAUUAUUAGACCAAAUUAGAGUGAAGUAGCAGGGCCAGCAGGGCCAGUCACAAAUGCCAGAUGAAUCACUCUUUAGGACUUAACUUUCUGGGUUUGUUUCUCUCAAACACUACUCACCUUUUUUAACUUUUUGGCCUGAGGAUGUACUCAAAUAGUUAUUAUAUGCUGAUAAGAUUAUUAAGAUUUAUGUUUCCUGCCUGAAAACGUCAGUUUCAGGCAGGCAGGCUUAUAACUUAUAAGUUAGAGGCUAACUUAAUUAUUUUUUUAUGCCUAAAUUCUCCACAACUAAUAAAAAUUAUAGUUCAUAACUCAUAAUUAGUUUAAUUACACUGAACUUAUAUAAAUAUGGUCUAACUAAUUGAUUAGGCCUAGGAGGGGAAACACUUACUUAGCGGUAAAAGUGCAGUUCAGGUGCAAUAAUAAGUAUAAGUGGUCUUAUAUAGCGCGGUACCCCAGCCUAGGGCUGGGCUCACCGCGUAUAUUCAUUCUUAACGCAUUUCGUAUUUUUUCAUGUAAACUUAUGUGUAUUCUUUAUUAAUUAAAUACAGGCAGUUAUAGUUAACUAAUACUAAUGCUGAAUUAUACAGUGCUUUUUUUUCUUCUUUUUUUUUGAUUUCUAAAGCUUCUUAAACAUCCCCCAAUCAAAGUUACAUAUCAUAGCCCCAUCUUUUGUUUUUUUUAUUUGUUUUUAUAACCCUCUGGCCAGAUUUUUAUCCACCUAUAAGUUAGUAUGCUCAAAAAAAUUUUGGUUUAUGCGAGCACAUUUUGUGAGGCAACAAAUAAAGUUAAUACAAAUAUGGAAUUUCUCGCAAGGGGCUCCCCUUUGAAGAACGAAAUGGAAUGUAAAAAUUGCAAUGUGGCUUGUAAAAUGGCUACAUAUGUUAAGUAUGAGAGUUCCCUAUAACUCCGGUUAUAUUUAAUUGUAAAGUUAUAAAAUAAAUACAACAAGAUACAACCAAUUGGGCAACUUUUAUAAAGUAUCUUUCAAGACGGAAGAGUUAUCCUUGAUUUACCACAAUGGCUCGGUAAAAGACAAAAGAUCAAUAAAAAAGUAAUUUUUUUAUCUCAUAAAAUUUGUUAAAAUGUUGUAUUCCAACAAAAAGAUGGAAUUUUACUUUAAAAAAUACAAUAAAAAAUUCACAUUAUUUUACAUGCGAAAAUACAAAAUUUGACCAGAAAUGAUAUACGCAUCUGAACUGCACUUUUACCCACUUAGCAAUUUCUUGAGCUAUUGCAACAAAACAUUCCUCAUCCUUUGGCACUGCAUAUCAUCAUCAGUUAUCAGUCAAUACACUACAUUUGGCUAAGAUUGGGGCUGUAUUACUGUUUAGCUUGGGGAUGCUUUUCACCUGACAACAAAUGGUCCCCCAUAAUAUAUUAUUUUUUAUUAAUAAAUUAUAAUUAUAAUCUAUUAGUCCAGGCAUAUAUCUAUAUCUGUUAGCAAGUUUACAAUAAUUUCAAUAAAAUGUAAAAAAAAAUUAAAUUGGUGAAAUCGUUUCAUGCAAAAUUGAUAUAAAAUUUUAAUAAAUUUGCUUGAGUAACAAUAAUACACAUCUUUUCAUUUUAUAGAUCAAUGGUUUUCAUCCACUGAAAAAUGGUCUUCAGAAAAAUUCUGCUGGUCCUUGAGACAUUAUUUGUAUUAAGUUUAGUAGGCUCAAAUGAUCAAAUUAAUACAUUACAUGACCAUUUGUUUACAGAUGGUUUGCUGGCUUUAAAAAAAAUUAACACUAGUUGAAAAUAACCAUUUUCCUACCUUAAUGGUCUGCAAAUAUUUAUCCUUAUUUCAACUGUCCCUGCAAUAUUUCUUAUAUUCUCAUGGGUCCGCAGGUGUUAUGUUGAGGUUUAAGUGCUAUAAAUGACAUACAAGAGAUACAGCAAGACUUUUUAUAUUUAGCCGGGUUUCUUUCUUUAUUGGACUCAUUAGUUUUUUUUUGGUUGCUUUUAUCUGAAAAGCCACUGACGAUUAAACACAUCAUGGCCAAUACCACAGUGUGUACAGACACCACUGAGGCAGUAGAACUAUUUGAACCACAGGGUUUGUAUCUGAAACCAGUAGCUAAAGUGAACAUCUGUGUACAACUGCCUCAGCUGAAAACUGCAGGAAAAACCAUCUCGAACUGGGAAGUUAUGGAAAAGGUUCGGCCCUGUUUUCUAACACUUAUAAUAGUUAUUAGUGCAGAUUUUCUUUGGUAUAUUAUUUGUUUGUUUUAAACUAUACUCUCGCCAUUCAGAGUGGGUUACUGCUACAGUCUAAAUAUUUAUUCACCAUAUUCUCUAGCCAUUAAUUGGUAUUGCUUGGUUUUUUUUUCUUCUCGUCAUUGGAGGAUACAAACAAGUAUAAAACUCUAUAAAUAUUCUUUAUGCUUAAAAUUAUUGCCAACGUCAACUUUUUAAUGCUUUGCUUGGAUAUUACAAAGAUUCAAGUUUGUACAUUAAACAGAAUUUUUUUUUCUUCUGCUCAGCUGAAACACAUGGUGAGGCCAGAAGUAUUUCUAACUUUGAAAAUCUUCAAAAGCACCUUGGAAUUCAUUCGUUUGGAAGGAGAGAUUGAAAACAAGAGUAGAAUUCACAAUAUUAUUCUGAAGCUGGAUGGAAAAACAAUAAAACUCAGUGGCUUCACAGAAAUUCUUAAAGUAAGUGUUUAUUUUUAUAAAGAAAAUGGACAUCUGCAAUCGAAAGUUUAAAUUACACUUUAAUUUUUUCUCUCUAAUUUUAUCAUUAUUAUGAUUAUUAAUUUUUUUUAAAAGGACUGCAAGCCAUGCAAAACAGAGAUUGAGCCAAAAUUGGCUAGCGAGCCAUAGUUUCCCGCUCUUAAAAUAAAUGAUGAUCUAGAACAGUGCAAAAUGUUUAUUUUUCGGUGUCCUUGCAGAAUCCUGUCUUUCCAAAGACAUCCUAUGUCUGCAUUAUAACAGUAAUAUAACAGAAAAGAGCACAUUUUAAACAAAAAAUUGAAGUGUUAGCUAAAAAUAAAUAAAACACAUUAAAGAUCAUCUAUUAACCAUUUGUAGGUGUUUAUUCAGUUAUAAAUAAGUUACUGAUUUGCACCAAGUCAGCUAGAUGUCCUGUCUUAUCACAUUUAAUUGAAAACUUUUAAUGUUUUGCUCCACACCUGCUGCAGGGCACAUGUUGGUAAAGACCUAAAAUUUAAGCUCUAGGUGCUGUUUAAACAAAAAUGUUGACAUAGAGCUAUAGUUGAAACUGUUGCAAGUUGAAUUCAUACCAAUUUAUCUGGUUCAGGUCAGAGCUGCCGAGGCCAAGAUCAGUUUUCCAUCUCGUCAUGAUUGGGACUCUUAUUUUAGAGAUGCCAACAACAUGAAUGAGAUGAGACCAGGAGAGCGUCCUGACACGGUGCACCUGAAAGACUUACCAACUAUCUGGUUUGCAGCAAGACAGUCAGAUAAGGAGCCCAACAGUAAAGAACUUAAGCCCAGCGAGGCAACAGUUCGUAAAGUGUUUCAGACAUUUGGAGAAAUACGGUGUAUAGACAUUCCAAUGCUGGAUCCCUAUCGUAAAGAGGUAAGUUUAAAUAUGGGUCUUUCUUGCAAUCACACAACAAAAGAUAACUUUCGACCAGGGUAUUUUCAAUGUACCAAGGAUCCCCUAUUAGUAGCUUGAUAAAUCCAUAGACUCUUUUUCGUUAGUUCAAUGAUUGUAAGCACUCUAUAGUAGGUUUAAGGAUAAGUGGGUUGUUUGUAUGUUUUAGUUGCCCUCACCCCAUCUAGGUGUUGAUCCCAAGUUACAAACAUCUGUCUGGGAAUUUAGAAAAUAAAAUGAAAAUUAUAAUCAAUACUGAUGCUUUUAAAUUCUAUUUUCCAGAUCUGUGCUAAUUUAAAGAAGAGUUCCAUUCAGACAUUUUCCUAUGGUCAAGAUCUGACUUUUGAAUGCUACAUUCAGUACAUGGAUUAUAUAAGUUUUGUCAAGGCGAUGGAUUCACUGAGGGGGAUGAAACUCUUAUACAAAGGUGAAGAGAAGGCUCUCACUGCUGUCAUCAAGGUAAGCUAUGAAGAGGAGAAAGUCUGGUUUCCCUCUACUGUAUUUAUCUUUGAACCUCAUCUAUUUACUAGAACCAAGUUAGUUCAUGGGAUACCAAGACAUAGUUUUGCUUACAACAUUUUGAGAGUGGUCAUAGUUCUAUACUUAAUGUAUCCUGGACAUUACAUAUUUCAUUCAUGUCUCAUUGAGGCAGUAACUAGCUUUAUUAUUUUUUUGUAAUGUUUCUUGAACUAACUUGCCAGCCGUACUACAUGUAAAUUUGUUUUCAUAUAUAGUAUUAUGAAAUUUUUAGACUAACGCAGAAAUUAACAUUGGCUGUUUUGGUGCAUCCAAGUGUAAAAAAAAGUGAGGUUCUGUGAGGUUUGAAGUAUUUACAAUUUAAUCUGUUAAAGAAAAGAAAAUGAAAAGGAUGUUUCCUUCAAGAUUUUUUUUGCUCUUACAUUUUCUGGACGUAGCCUAUUGUUAAAAAAGGAGACUGUAAACUAUAUUAACACUGUUUUCUUGUGUUUUGUUCGUACAUACCCAUCCCACAGGUUGACUUUGAUAAAACCAAGCACUUAUCUGAGAAAAAUAUCAGACGUAGAAGGAUAGAGAGAGAGAAACUUGAGGCCUUAGAAAGAGAAAGACUUGAGAGAGCAAGAAGAGAGAGAGAGGAGGAGGAUAGAAAAAGAGAAGAAGAAAGGUACUUGAGAAUAAUUUAGAUUUGUGGCUAGAAAAGUUAAAAUUUGAUAACAUUCUGACCUUUCUUAAUAGUUAUAUGAAGCGCAAAAUUUAUAAUUUACAAAUAAAUUCUCAAAGUUUACUUUUCUGUUCAUCUAAACAGGCGCAAAAAGGAGGAGGAGGAACGAGAGAAGGAAAGAAAAAGACAAGAAAAAAUUCAGAGGAAAGAAGAUAGAAGGAAAGAGCGGGAGGAGAAAAGACGCAGGAAGAAAAUAGAGAAAAAGCAGCGAGAGGAGGAAGAGAGAAUGCAGUAUAAAAUUGCUUUAGAAGAAAGACGCUUCUUAAUAGCCCAGAGGAAGCUAGAGUCGCUGAGACUACUGUCUGAACUGUUUGAGCGGAUAAAGGUUAGAUAGUACUUUAGUUGCAAUAAGUCUAGACUCUUACAAUAAUUUUAUGUUUGUAAGAAGUUAGCUCGCUCUUGCACAACAAUAUAGGAAAGGCUUAAAUGUAGUUGUUGGGAAAUUGAAGGCCAGACAACUUGUUUGGAAACUUACUUAAGUUGUUGUUUUCUUACAAAACAAUAGCACUGUAUUAAUCUUAGUGAAGAAGUUCCAGUCAAGUUACUGUUACUGUUGUGACUUACGAUGGGGCACAGCAUAGCUUGAAGUUGUUUGUCAUCAUUAGCCUUACAAUCAAGUAACCUUUAUCAAUAAUAAAGUAUAUCAAAUCAUAAGGCAAAUCUCACCAUUGUAUUAGUGAUCAGACAUUCAAUGUCCAUCAGAGCUAACAUAGUUUUUCCAAGAUAUUGCUUGAAAAAAAAUUAACAUGAUCCAAGAGCUUGCUUUGCUUUUCAUGAAGUCUGCUUUACUCAUGCUUGAGCAUUGAUUAUUUCAACAGGUGAUUCGAGUGAAGAAAUACCUGGAGCAGAAGGAAAAAGAGCUGGAGGAGGAGAGAAAGCAACAAGUGGAAGAGGAGAAGAAACGUCGUGCUGAGGACGAGAUGAAAAAAGCGGAGGAGAAGAAAAUGAAAAGGCAGAAACUGCAGCUGCAGGUAAGCUCCCAACAAUUCUAGUUCUAUCACGUUGUUGCUGCAAGGUACUGAAGUUUCUAUACUUAAAAUAAGGUAUUUUCCCACGCAUGUACAUUAUAACGAAAUAUUAAGGGAAGUGAAACCAGUUUUGGUCUGUCCCAUAAACUAUUUCGACAUUAGUAUUUGUAUUUGUUGGCUGAGGUGCUGUGUUGGCAUCAGUAACUAAAUCUCAGAUGAAUAACUAUCUCACCGUUUGGCAUUGACUUGAAAUCACAGUAAUGAAUGGAUUCUGCAGAAGAAUUUUAUUCUUAAAUUUAGACAAAAAACAACAACCUAACAUUAAAAAAUGAUUUGGUCAGCAUGUCAAGGUCAUGGAAGUUAACAUCUGUACCUCUACAGGAACUAGAGCUGCGAGAAAAGAUUCUAAAAAAUUUCAAGGCUAAAGAGGAACAGCUGCAAGAAAAACAAAGAGAAGAACUCAGGUAAAUGCCUUUUCUACUAGGUCCUUGUAUCAAUGAUAUGGGUUUAAGUUGUGUACAUUGCAGAGCUGUGUUCCUAUUUGCUUUAAUUGGAAAUAAUAAGAAUAUGAAUAAGAAUGUUGUAUGUGGCUGGAGUUUCACUGCUUUGUUUCCAUCCAAAGAAGACAAGAUUCUGACUAAAUGAACAAGAAUUUUAUCCUAUAAUAAAUAGAUGGAUUGUGCACGUGUUUGCCAAGAGAUGCAGCUUGGUUGAAUUUAAAUUGAGAAAAGUCCCAAGAUAUGUAUCCCACUUGCAUGAAGUAAAAAUUUAAUUAAUAGUUCAUUGUGUGACUGGAGUCAGAAAUUUUGUCAUUAUAAAGAGUUGUCAGUGACAGAACUUUACCAUUGGCUUGCUAAAUUAAUUCACUGUCAACAUCACGCCUGAUAGACAAAUGGAAGGAGUGUUCUAUUCACAAUGUCGCUGUCACCAAACACCUUGUUUCUCCUUGAUUUUCUCCUCACAGGAAAAAGCUUUCAGGAACAAGGAAACUGAAAAGUGCAGUGAUCAUGAAGAAGGCAGUCAACAGUGCCAUGAAGAAAAGAAAGAAGCCAGGGGGCGAUGGAGAUGAGGAAGACACAGACAGCGAUGAGAGCGAAUACCAGGAAGAUAAAGUGAAACAGAAGCUCUCCGCCGUGCCAUCGACCAGUAAACGAAUCAUCAUGAGAACCACAUCAAAGCCGGCCGUGAAGAAAAAGACGGAACCCCAUGAGGCCAGAAAGACAAAUUCUAAACCAUCGGAAUCUCCGUCCUCGUCUGAGGUAUCUUCAUCAGAGGAUGAUGAUGAUGACGACGACGACGAUGAUGAGAAAGUGGAGGAAUCUGAAAAGGCAGAUUCAAAAACAGCCACAAAAAGGUAAGCCUUUAACAAUUGCAGUUGUUGCUUGUAAAUAUCUAAAAAUCCAUAGACUUUGACAAGGCAAAUUUUCAGGAAUAAAUUUCUAAAAUUUUAAUAUUUGGUGUGCAUUAUAGGCUUUUGGGUAAUGUUUGAUCUAUAUGUGGGGCGAUGUUUUAUCCAUGACUAUUAAAGGUAGUGUUUGACCUACAGCUAUUUGGGGUAAUGUUUGAUUUAUGAUUAUUUGGGGUGAAGUGUGAUCUGUGGCUAUUUGAGGUGAUGUUUCAUGUAUGGCUAUUUGAUACAAUGUUUGAUUUGUGAUGUUUCAGGGAGAUGUUUGAUCUAUGGCUAAUUGGGGGUAAUGUUUGAUCUAUGACUAUUCGGGGUAAUAUUUGAUCUAUGGCUAUUUGGGGUAAUAUUUGAUCUAUGGCUAUUUGGGGUAAUGUUUGAUUUAUACAUGUUUUUGGUGUAUCUGUCUUAAGACUAUUAUUCUAAAAAAUAUGUCAAUAUAUUUUUUUAAGGGUUGGAGCAACAAGUGUCAUGGAGCGGGUUCUCAAUGCUAACCGCAUGAGAGCUUGGCAAGAACCAGGAGACCGUCUCCACAGUCCACCCUCUGAACAUUUCAGAGGGAGGGGUCAGGGAAAUAGGAGGCCCAUGAGCCGCCAGCCAGGUGCAGGACGCCAGCAUGGUGUAGCACGUCAGCCAUGUGUAGCACGUCAGCCAGGUGUCGUACGCCAGCCAGGUGUCGUACGCCAGCCAGGCUUUGUACGAGAUGGCCAAAUUGGAGAUAACAGGACCAAACAGGAGAGAAAAGCAGGGAGGAAACUUAGCAGAGACAGAAGCGAAAGCAUAGACAGGAGUAGAGACAGGAGCAGAGACAGGAGUAUAGACAGAAGUAGAGAGAGAGAAAGGAGGGGUAGAAGUCGAUCUGAUAGUAGAGAGGUAGAUCAUGAGUCAUCUCGCUCCCGUCGUGGGGGGCCAAUGCCUCCAAUGGGUCCAGGGGGCGGCAUGAUGCCUCUACCACCAGGCCCACCGCCUCAUCCGAUGAUGUUCCCUCCACCUUUUCCCAUGCAUUUCCGUCCACCUUUCCCCAUGAGGGGCCGGGGUCCUCGCGGCAUGCCCCCGAUGCCUAUGCGGGGUGGCCCCAGGGGCAUGAGAGGUAUGCGAAUGCCUCCCCCUCCUCCACCUGGCUUCCGUGGUGGACUCCAUGUUUUCAACAAGAGCUACCUCCGAAAAUACAACCAGUUUCUAGGCAUGGGGAACCAAAUGAGAGACAUGUCGGGGAGGUACGCACAACCACUGCAGGUGGCACCUCCAGUGCUGCCGAUUUUCCACGGGGAUGGUCAUGAGGGCGACAUUGACGCUAGAAGAAACAGGAAGCAUAGAAGAGAUAGGCAUGGACAUAGGAGUCAGGAUAAGAGCAGAAGCAGACGGAGCAGGAGCAGACAUAGGAGCAGGAGUGGUGAUAAGAGUAGCCGCAGCAGAAGUAACAGUCGGAGUGGUAGUAGAAGUAGCCGGCACAGAAGUAGCAGUAGGGAGAGGAGCAGGCACAGGAGCAGGGAUAGGAGCAGAAGUAAGGAGAGGAGCAGGGAUAGGAGUAGGGAUGAAGAUAGGAGCAAAGAUAAAGACAGGAGUAGGGAUGAAGAUAGGAGCAGGGAUAGGAGCAGAAGUAAGGACAGGAGCAGGGAUAGGAGUAGGGAUGAAGACAGGAGCAGGAGUAAAAGCAGAAGUAGAAGUAAAGACAAGAGCAGGGGCAGAAGUCGAGGAAGAAGUGAAGAAAGGACCAGAGGCAGAAGUAGGGACAGAAGUCGAAGUGACAGCAGAAGUAAGGACAGAUCUAAAACCAGAGCUAAACAUGGUGAUAGGACCAAAGACAGGAGCAGGAGAAGCAGAAGUAAGGGGAAGGACCAAGAGAGUGGAUCGCAUGGAAGGAAUAGAAGCACAAGCAGAGAACACAGUGAGAAGAAGGAAGAAGACAGACCAACAGAGACCAGUCAAAACACAGAUGAUUCAAAAUAAUUUUAACCUUGAGCUAUUUGUACGGAGUCCUCCUUAUAAUUUUACCUUUUUAAAAGUCAAUUCUUUUUACUUCAACAUAUGUGGGUUUGAAAAAAAAAAGGGGAGGGGGUGUUUAAAUUGAUAAAAAUUUGGACUUUGCCUUCAUCUGUGUUCACUGUGAAACUUGGCAUUCUACAAAAUAUGAGGUCAAAAAUAAUCAGGAAUAAAACAGAAACACAUGAAAUAUUUAUGUACAGUAACAGGGAAGCUUGCAUGUCAAAUGUAUUUAUAGAUAUGGUUUAAUUUCAAAAUAUAAUUACAUUUUACCAAUGUCAGUCACAGACAGAAAAAAUGCCGGAAAUAUUUUGAUGUCAUACAAAAACUUGAAGCAUCUCUGUUUAAAAUUAAAAUACAUUUGAUGAGUGACUGAGUGAUGUCCAAUCAAUUCCAAGUUUUACAAGUAAAACUCAACCUCAACAAUCACAUUUUCCUUUUUAAGAAAAGCAAUUUUGCUCCUGUGUGUGUUAUGAAAAUGCCCAUGUCUCAUCUAAAGGGACCCUUGAAUGAUAUUUUUUAUUCACUGCACUAAAGUUAUAUUGUUUAGUUUUUGAUGCCUGACAAGAUAAAGUACUUCAAAGUCCUACCUAUUUCCUAUAAGGAAGGCCUGCACAACAUAUGGGCCGCAUGCGGCACGCCAGCACCCACUUUUCUGCCGCGAAGUAACGAAAUAUUCUUUAUUAUUAUUAUUAUUAUUCUCUUAAUAGCUUUCCCUCCCUGUCCUAUUAUAUUUUGGCCAGCACAAGUUUUCAUAAAGUAUUACGGCCCGCCUUACAAUUUGAGUUGUGCAGGCCUGUUAUCAACUGUUAUAAGGCCACCUUGUUUAAUUAUAUUAUCUUUUGGAGGUCAUUUUGGAUAAGUCGUUCUCACUUGUGUAAAUUGCAACAACAUAAUCCUUUCUUUACUCAAUAUGUUAAUAAAAAGGGUCCUAAACGAUGUCAUCACUUUGUUAAGGUGAAAACAAUUAACUAAUUAUUAAAAGGGUUGAACUGCAAAUUUGUAUCUGUAUCCCAAAUCUCAGUCUUUCAUGUUGAAGAUGAAAUCUAAACAAUAGUGGUUAGUUAGCGAUUGCAAAAAAAACUCAAUUUCCAUUGUUCUGCAGUGGAUUGACAGAAAAGGGAUUGUCAAAUAAUUGUAUUGGUAGUUAAUGCCAAUUUUGUACCAGCGCUGUUGAAGAGUUUCAAAGCCUUGUGUGAUUUGUGUCUUACAUGGAAAGAGUUUGACUUUUCAACACAGGAUAUUGAAUUUUUAAAUUAAGAUUGAGUAAUGUCCCUUGUGGAUUCUUUUACAAUAACCAACUACCCAAAAUAAAGUAAAGCAAAUGUGUUGAAGGCUGUACUCUGCAGCACUUAUAAAUUGUAACUUGCCUAAAAUAGAAUUUUAAAUACCAGCACGACAAGAAAGAGCAAAAUUGUUUAUUGUUUUGCCCAAGCUGUGCCCUGAAAUUAUUGUUUCUUUAAACUUCUUUGUAUUAGUUUUGCUUUUGUCUAGCGGAGUGCAAUUUUUGUUUAAGUACAUUUUUCUAAAAAUAUUUCAACAUUCGUAGAUUUCAUGCAAUUAAUCUCAACUUUCAUAAAUACCAUUUGAACAUUCAUAAAUACCAUUUGAACAUUCACAAGAUACCAUUUGAACAAAUAUCAUGUCAUUAAUGUUAAAAUUCAUAAAUACCAUUUCAACAUUCAUAGUUACCAUAUCAACAUUCAGAAAUAUCAUUUCAACAUUAACAAUCACCAUUUCAACAUUCAUAAAGGUAUAUUGGAAAGCCGCUCUACAAUUUGGAGUCUUUAAAAAAAAAACUUUUUACAUUUGAGCAAAACACAAUUAUAUUAUUUUGUGAACCAUGAAACAAUUUAAUGACUUGUUGACCACGCGAAUAAUUUUUGUGUAAAAUGUUUUAUUUCCUAAUUUUGUUAAGCUUAACAAAAAGCCAUAUAACUAUAACAAACACAUGAGAAACAAAUGCACACGGGGCAUUACAAGUGGCAUCCUGGUACUGUACUGAAAUCAUGCUCUCCGGGUGUGUCAUAGAGGAUAGUUUUUUUGUAUGUUGAUUAUUUUAUAUGAGAAUGUUUUAAGGGUGAAUUUUAUAUUCAUCAAAAAUAAAACAAUAAAACAUCCC